UUUUUUUUUUUUUAGAGUACACCGUUUUUUUCGACGAUAAGGUGCAGAGCAGUGAUGUCACAGAACUGAGGACAGUCUCAUACAAAUAUGGAGUUCGGAGAGCGACUGGCCUCCCCGCCAUCAGCCCCGUCCUCCCUCCACAUGGCCUCGUCUUCAGCCAGCUCCUCCCCUGCUCCACCCAAGACCCCCUCCACAAAGUGCUGCCCGGCCCCGAGCCCUGCAGCCAGCUCCCCUCUCACCACCUGUGGCCAUCUGCUCCAGGUGACUGGUGAUGAAGGUUCAAAUAUUUCUGGCCGCUCCAAUGGUUUUCCUUUGGUCAGCCAUCCAGCUUUUGGGCUCUACACAUCAAGUUCAGGCCGCUCUGAGUUUGGAGGCCUUGGAAGUCUGGGUUUGUCCGCCUUAGCUGCUCACUCCCAGUUUGGUACAUUUCCAGAGUGGUGGCGGCCAUCUGAGGCGUAUACCAGUGGAGCAGCGUCCUUCUUCCCUCCUCUUCUAGGUCUGCAUCCCAUAUUUGCAUCAACCUUCAAAAACCACGAUCCCACUUACUUGCAGUCACGUACCUCAGUUUCUGUAGGCGUAAAUGGCACAGUGAAUGGUAGGAGUGCUGCUACUCCUACUGGGAACUCUGCUGUGAACACCAGUACAUUUCCAACAAAGGGAAACACUGAGAAAACAAAAGCCAACAGGAGUCUGAGUCAACAGAACAGCCAGGACCUUGGCCAACUGCACCAGAAGAUCACCCAGAAAACAAAAGAACAGAAACCCAACAAAAGACCACUAGAGACCUCCAGCAUGAGUGGCAGCCAAUCAGGAUCACUGUCGGAUAGCUCCUCCAGCGAUGGUGAGGAGAGCAGCAGUGAUCCCGAUGACAUGGAAGAGGACGAUGACAAUGAUGAAGAUGAGGAUGAUCAGAGCAAUGACAGUGGCGAGUCUUAUUCAGAAAAAGACAGUUCACUGAAAAGGAAAGCCAAGCGGCUGACACAGAACACUUCUGAGAGUAAAAAGAAGAGACCUUGCACUGCUGACGGAAAUUCAACUCAAGACAUUCAACGCGAAACUGUUCCUUUGACUUCCCCGUACUGCCUGCAUUCCGCUUCGCGUCUCGCUGGCCUGUCACAGUCCGCAGCGCUCUUCCUCCAGAGCUCCGGCACUGCAGAGGACGAAGGCCAGCAGCACAUCAGUGUGAUCCAGGCCACGGGGUCGGCAGCCGGCAACAGUCCCCGAGCACCGUCCCACAGGGAGGCCUCUCCACUUCCCUCCAGACCAACAAAGCUGCUGGCUUCACAAAAGCCGCCACAGAAACCCAAAUUCCUGAUGCCCUCUUUGAAGCACACCCAGCUGGCUGAUGGCAUGAAGGAUAGGAGUGGAAACCCUCCGGAUGAAAGAUCUUCACACUUGAAGAGUUUUAAAGUGAAACAGCCCCUCCACUCCAAGGACUCUGUGAAGCAAGCUUUCUCUCUGCGACCUAAGAGCCAGAACUGCAACGACACCAAUCUGUUCCUGAACCACCACCUCAAUGGAGUGAUCAACCAGGCAGUUCAGGACGCCCCUUUGGCCCUCAUCACUAAACCCCGCAGCCAGAGCAGCACCCCCAGUAGCAAGCCCCUCCUGGUAUCCACUAGCCCUCCCUAUCUCAUGCCCAUCAACCUGAGCACUUGCACUAAGGAGACGUCCGGCAGCUCUGCCCCCCCACUUAAAUCUUCAGCCUCGUCAGGUCUUGCUCACAGACCAAGGAAGACUAGCACUCCGAAGUCUCUGCACACAGGAAAGAGCCUCGCUAAAACCAGCUCAUCCUGUCCACCGGUAGACCUGGUCAGAGGCAGUGAGUCUGAUAUCCACAGCAGCAGGGACUCUGACGACUCCUUGGGAGAUGACUUUGAUGACGAUGAUGAAGACAAUGAAGAUGAUAUUGAGGAUGAAGAUUCUGGCAGUAGCCUGUCAGAGUCGGAGAGCAAUCUGGAUAGCGACUCUGAUGGCUCCGAGGAUGAUAUUAAGGAUCUCAGUGAGACAGAAGCAGACAGCGAUGCAGAAAGAUCUCCCCGGAAACAAUCUAAACCGUCCUUGUCUACUCAGAAGUCCUCCUUGAACCUCUCAGCCAACGACUCCGUGCUUAACCUGCAGAUCAUCAAACCUCGAAGUUUACCUAGUAGCCUGCUUACCCCCAAAACAGUGACCAGCUCAGGGGCACUGAGUAACCACAGCACCAUAUCGCCGUCCUUCAUGUUAUCCCAACAGCAAGGAUCGGGAAAGAGGAGGAGAGUAACUGAUGAGAGAGUUCUGCGGUUGCCUCUUGAGUUUGGGUGGCAGAGGGAGACCCGUAUCAGGGCUGUGGCGGGGCGUCUACAAGGAGAGGUCGCUUACUUUGCUCCAUGUGGGAAGAAGCUGCGUCAGUAUCCUGAUGUCAUGAAGUACUUACUUCGGAACGGAAUAACUGAAAUCUCACGAGACAAUUUCAGCUUCAGUACAAAAAUUCAUGUUGGUGACUUCUAUGAAGCCAGAGAAGGACCAGAGGGUUUACAGUGGUUCCUGCUGGCAGAGGAGGAGAUCGCUCCCAGUAUCAUAGCGAUGGAUGGGAGGCGCAGCCGUACACAGUCUGAUCGGCAGUCGAUAGGUGACAGCCAUGGAGCCAGGCAGUGGAAGUCCCAUUCUCUUAAUAUUGGUGAAAAUAACUUCCAACAUGUCAGUGAUGCGAAGCUGCUUCGCAAACUGGAGGCUCAAGAAAUAGCUCGACAGGCAGCUCAGAUCAAAAUGAUGAGGAAACUUGAGAAGCAGGCGAUGGCACAAGCAGCCAAAGAGGCAAGAAAGCAACAAGCAUUAAUGGCUGCAGAGGAGAGGAGGAAAAAAAGGGAGCAGAUGAAGAUAGUUAAACAGCAAGAGAAGAUCAAGCGCAUUCAGCAAAUUCGUAUGGAGAAAGAACUCCGUGCACAGCACAUUCUCGAGGCAAAAAGAAAGAAGAGAGAAGAAGCAGCCAAUGUUAAAAUAAUGGAAGCUGAUAAGCGAAACAAGGAGAAGGAGAUAAGAAGACUCCAAGCUGUGAUACUGAAGCACCAGGAGUUGGAGAGACAUAGACUAGAUAUGGUAUGGGAGAGGGAAAGACGCAAGCAGCACAUGAUGCUCACGAAGGCUGUGGAGGCCCGUAAGAAGGCAGAGGAGAAAGAGCGUCUGAAGAAAGAGAAGAAGGAUGAGAAACGGUUAAACAAGGAGAGGAAACUGGAGCUCAGAAGACAGGAACUUGAAAAAGCGAAGGAGCUGAAGAAACCAAACGAAGACAUGUGUUUAGCAGAUCAUAAGCCACUUCCAGAGUUGUCCCGGAUCCGUGGUCUGGUCUUGCCGGGUAGUACCUUCUCUGACUGCCUGAUGGUGCUGCAAUUUCUGCGCAGCUUUGGGAAGGUCCUGAGGCUAGACAUAAAUCCAAACACGCUCAACCUAAGUGACCUUCAAGAGGGGUUGCUCAACACUGGGGACAGUAUGGGCAAAGUGCAGGACCUGCUGGUGAGCAUGCUCUCUGCAGCUGUGUGUGAUCCCGGUAUACCUGCAGGUCACAAGAAUAAGACCGCCUUGGGGGACCACCUGACAAACGUGGGGAUCAACCGAGACAACGUGUCUGAGAUCCUGCAGAUCUACAUGGAGGGUCACUGUGAGCAGACGGAGCUGGCUGCUCUGGCCCUCAGCCUCAGGACCAAGGCCUUUCAGGCCCACCGGCCGGCACAGAAGGCCUCCAUGCUAGCAUUCCUAGUUAAUGAGCUCUGCUGUAGUAGAGCUGUGAUCAGUGAGAUCGAGAGAAACAUAGAUCACAUUACCAACCUGAGGAAGGAUAAGUGGGUUGUCGAGGGAAAACUUCGCAAACUGAGGAACAUCCAUGCCAAGAAGACAGGGAAAAGGGACAGCAGUGUGGGGGGAGAGGACAGCCACACCUUUGUCAUCCCCACUGCCAGAAACAAAAGCAAGAGGAAAGAAGGGGACAGUGAGGAGGAAGAGGACGAGGAAGACACCAGUGAAGACCAAGGAGAGGACGACGACGAUGAGGAAGAAGAAUCGGGGGGGAGGAAGGGGAAGAAAGCAGAGAUAUGUGAAGAGGAGGACGACAGUGUACACUCAGCCAGCAUGGAGGAGCUGGAGAAACAGAUAGAGAAAACAUACAAGCAACAAAGUCAGAUCAGACGGAAGUUAUUUGACUCGUCUCACUCACUGCGCUCCAUGACGGUCGGACAGGACCGCUACAAGAGACGUUACUGGGUCCUUCCACACUGUAGUGGCGUCUUUGUGGAGGGCAUGGAGAGCGUUGAAGGUUAUGAAGAGGCGGAGAAAGAGAGGAAUAGACAGAGAACUGCUGUGGUGGUCAGGGUCAAAGAAGAACAUCAGGAAGAGACAAAGAAUCCAGUGGUCUCCAGCCCAGCACAGAGCACAGACGGCUAUACAACCACACCAGAGGGCCAGCAGGACAAGGACAGCCUCAAUCUGUUCCUCCAGAAACCCGGCUCCUUCUCAAAGCUCAGCAAACUCCUAGAAGUAGCCAAAAUGGCUCGAGAUUCAGACAUCAAUUCUCACUACAGUCAUUCUGCUAAAGUCCCUUCCCCUGCGUCUUAUCCCUCAUAUGGUACCUCUCAGACAGCUACUAGUCAGCAGGGACUGAUAGAUAAAUCAGAUACUUCAGUGCUGUCACUGCUUAGUCCCCCCCAGCUCAUUAGUCCCUGGAUAAUCGGCGGCCCUCAGUCAAUCUUUCAUGACGACCAGCUCUCCAAGAUACUGAUGGAAAAGAGCAACCAGUGGUUUAGCCUCUUGCCUCGCUCUCCUUGUGACGAGUCCUCGUUCACCUCAGGCUCCAGCCCUCAAGCCUCGUCCUCUCCACUUCAGACCAUCAGCACCAAAUCCCCCUCCUCCCCCUCCCCUACUCCCCAAGCUACAGCCAGUUCCAGUGCUCCUGCUGGGAUCGAUAACAUGCAGCCUUCUGUCUCUCAGCAAGUCAAAUCCGGCAUUCAUCAAAGCAGGCUGACACGGUGCGACGUGUCCAGCGCAGAGACUAGCCCCAGCCUGCCCUCCUCUGGUGCUUCUCUACCCCCAAUGCUGGAUGUGGCCUCCCAACAUGCAGAGGGUCGUGGCGAAAAGGUCUUCUUCCUGGCAAAUGACAACUCUGUCAACAAGAGUGAGAUCCUAGAGCGACAGAGUGACAAGCCCGAGUGCGCCUCAUUCCCCGCUGUGGAAGUGGCCAAGACCCAGGACUACCCUAGUCCUCAGCCCAUCCCUGAGGAGAUGCUGUGUGGCUGGUGGAGGGUGGCAGACAUGGAGGAACUGCACAGUCUGGUCAAGGCCCUCCAUAGCCGAGGCAUCAGAGAGAAGGCCCUGCAGAAACAGAUCCAAAAACAUAUGGAGUUUACAAACCAGCUCUGUGCCAAUAACAAAGAUGCGAUUGAUGUGGCAGAGCUGGAGAAGGGGGAGUUGAGUGAGGAGACGGUGGAGAGUUGGUGUGUGGAGGAGCAGGCCAUGGAGGUGGACAUCAGCCUGCUGCAGCAAGUCGAGGGUCUGGAGAGGAAAGUCAUAUCUGCCGGCCUGCAGGUCAAGGGUUGGAUGAAUCCUGAGCCCCAGUCGGAGAGGGAGGAUCUGGUCUACCAUGAGCACAAGCUCUUCUCUUCCCCUGCUCCAGAAGAGAAAGGACAGAGAGAAACCAGCCAGGAGGAACACCCGUGCACCAUGGUGCGACAGCACGACAAUCCCCUUGAUAUAGCUGUCAUCAGGCUGGCAGAGCUGGAGAGGAACAUCGAGCGAAGUGAGGAGGAGGUGGCACCGGGGAUGAAGUUGUGGCGUAAAGCUCUCGGUGAAGUCCGCAGCUCGGCUCAGCUCUCACUCUGCCUUCAGCAGCUGCAGAAAUCCAUCGCCUGGGAACGAUCCAUCAUGAAAGUGCACUGCCAGCUCUGUCAAAAGGGUGAUAAUGAAGAACUGCUCUUACUCUGUGAUGGCUGUGACAAAGGCUGCCACACUUACUGCCAGAAACCCAAGAUCACUACAGUACCUGACGGCGACUGGUUUUGUCCCACUUGUGUAGCAAAGGGUAGUGGUCAAUCCCCCUGGAGUAGGAAGCAACAGAGCCGAACAGCUGGAGGAGGCAAGAAAGGCAGUGAGGUAAAACGAAACAGUAGGCCAUCUGUGGUAGGAGAGCUCAUCAAAGAAGAGGCUGCCAGCAGCAACAGCGUGCCAAAGAAAGGUACCAAGGAGUUGAAAAAGAGGAAAGGAGAUGACUGCCCCCCUGCCCAGGCCAGUCACGGCAGCCCUGUCUCCUGUGUGAAAAAAGCCAAAACGGCCAAAGACAACAACACAAAUGGGCUGACGAUGAGCCGAGUGCUGCUGGCUGAGCUGGAGGCCCAUCAGGACGCUUGGCCCUUCCUCACGCCCGUCAAUCAGAAAGCCGUCCCCGGAUACAGGAAGGUCAUCAGGAGGCCCAUGGACUUCUCCACCAUCAGGGAAAAGCUCACCAACAACCAGUACUUGAAUUUGGAAACCUUCAUCGUUGACGUGAACCUGGUUUUUGAUAACUGUGAAAAAUUUAACGAAGAUGAUUCCGAAAUAGGACGAGCCGGCCACAGCAUGAGGACAUUUUUUGACAAACGAUGGACUGAUCUGCUGGAGUAACCGUUCGCAGUGUGGACUUUCAAUGAAACUCUCUACAUAGCAAACUUCAUCUUUGGUGCUGGAGGCCUUCUCAUCACCUGAGACACUAAAUCAAUAAAUAAGUUAUAAUACCACUGACGUGCAAUGUGAUAGUCUCCUGCUGAGAAAACACACUUCAUGGAUUAAUAUCUUAAAGUGCAAUACUGUUCUCUUUAUCAGAAUGCACUGACUCUUGGGCUCAAUAUUGUAUUUGGGCCUUUCUACUUUGAGAUAUUUCAAAGUGGAUAGGCCUUUUGCUUCUUUUUUUAUCAUCAGUACUUUAGUUUAGUGUAUAUGUGUGUAUUUAUUUUCUCAAGUAUUUAUGUUACAGUCAGUCUUUUCUAAAAACAAAAAAGCAGAACAUGGCACACAGCUUUAAGAAAAAAAAAUCUAAAGAUUGUUUUAUGAGCUAUUGAACUAGCCAAUCAAAAAAAAAAAAAUUGUUUACAGCUCUUUGACUUUAGGGUGCCAGCAGUGCUACUGUUAAUCUGUGAGUUCAUUGUGUAAAAUACCAGGAGGUAUUACUAUCACUAUUUCAAGUCCUAUUUCUAACAUGUAUAGUGUACAUACAGUACAGUCUUGUUAACAUAUUGUUAAUGCAUAAGGAUGAUUGUAGCAAUUCAUAUGUCUUAUACUGUGCUCUGCCUGUACUGAAUAUCCACUCAAACACUGGUCUCCUCAGUAUUGUAGUGCCUGACCUCUGACCUCUAAACAGUGUGUGGAGGAGUGCGCUUUUUUCUAUCUCCUGUGUGUGUACUGUUUUUGUGUCCUGCACAAUAUACUGUAGGAAACCCUUACACAAAAUGUAAUAUUCUGUAGAGCUUCUCCUCUGAAAACAGUCAAUGUGGUGCAUAUAGUGUGAUUCAUUUCCAAGCGUUUCCUUCAACCAGUCUUGUCAGACAUCUGGUGGACUGACGUAAAAACCUGCGGUGGGCUUGAAUCCAGCUGUGAGUCACAGUGUCACGGUCCAGUGGAGACAUCUCAAGACAGCUGAAGUCAGAAGACUUGAAGUAACUGUAUUUUAUUAUGAAUAUUGUGAAAUGAGUAGCGACUUUUGUGGGAAUAUUAUUUUUGAAUAGUGAGUGUGACACAGAUCAAAUAAACCUGUUUUUCA